AACACCAACGUCCACUUCCGGCUAAUGAGGACACGUCACUUGUUAGACUGAGGAAGAGGAGUCGUGCAGAGCUGUCGCUUUUAGUACACUUUAAACGGCAGAAAACAUGUCGAACUCAGUCAUAUCUGUCAUCUCCCGGUUCCUGGAGGAGUACACCACCACGACGCCCAACAAGCUGAAGGUGGUGGACGCGUAUUUGCUGUACAUCUUGCUAACAGGAGCGCUGCAGUUCCUCUACUGUCUCCUCGUCGGCACCUUCCCAUUCAAUAGCUUUCUGUCGGGUUUCAUCUCGUGUGUGGGCUCCUUCAUUCUCGCAGUGUGUCUUCGUAUCCAGAUCAACCCACAGAACAAAGGAGAGUUCCUGUCCAUCUCCCCAGAGAGAGCCUUCGCUGACUUCCUGUUUGCCCACACAGUCCUGCAUCUUGUUGUGAUGAACUUCAUCGGCUGAAAAAGAUGCGCAUCAAACUCACGUUGCCCCCUCUCUCAGAAGAUUACAACAUGAGAAGUUAUUAAAGCUCCCCUGAAAGACAUGAAGCUGCGACCGUUUUUGUGCCGCUGAUUUCGACGGUCCCAUCCCACACGGAAUUAAAUGCAUCUUGUCACAGACGAUGCAAAACAUUUUUCUUACUCAUAAAAUGGUUUUCUUUUUUUUUAUGUUCAAAUUUGUAAAGCAUUCCCUUUUUGCACUGAUACGGAAAUAAAACAACUGUAAUGGUGGCCUUGUGAA